AUGGUGGUGGCGAAGAGAAUAGAAUCAAAUAAUCUUAACCAGACAAGAAGAAGCAGUAUCUCCUAUUCUAAAUUUGUUUUUAUUUACUGUUGUAUUAAUAUCGAAAAAAUGGGUCGACGACCUGCACGAUGCUAUCGGUACUGCAAGAACAAGCCAUAUCCAAAAUCUCGAUUUUGUCGUGGUGUACCUGAUCCCAAAAUUCGAAUCUUCGAUUUAGGCCGAAAGAGAGCCCGUGUUGAUGAAUUUCCCUUAUGCGUUCAUCUUGUCUCAGAUGAAUAUGAACAACUGUCCAGCGAAGCACUCGAAGCUGGCCGUAUUUGUGCAAACAAGUACUUAGUUAAACACUGCGGAAAAGAUGCAUUUCACAUUCGAAUGCGUGUUCAUCCAUUUCACGUCAUUCGAAUCAACAAAAUGUUAUCAUGUGCCGGUGCCGAUCGUUUGCAAACCGGUAUGCGUGGUGCUUUCGGUAAACCAUUAGGAACUGUUGCUCGUGUUAAUAUUGGUCAAGUUAUUAUGUCAGCUCGUGUCAAAGAUCAACACAAAGCUCAAACAGUUGAAGCUCUACGUCGUGCUAAAUUCAAAUUUCCAGGUCGACAAAAGAUCUUCGUCUCAGACAAAUGGGGUUUCACAAAAUUCACACGCGAAGAUUACGAUCGCCUUCUCCAACAAGGCCAACUCCAAUACGAUGGUGGCAAUGUCAAGUACUUACCCAACCAUGGNAUUGGUCAAGUUAUUAUGUCAGCUCGUGUCAAAGAUCAACACAAAGCUCAAACAGUUGAAGCUCUACGUCGUGCUAAAUUCAAAUUUCCAGGUCGACAAAAGAUCUUCGUCUCAGACAAAUGGGGUUUCACAAAAUUCACACGCGAAGAUUACGAUCGCCUUCUCCAACAAGGCCAACUCCAAUACGAUGGUGGCAAUGUCAAGUACUUACCCAACCAUGGUCCACUCGAACAUUGGAAAAAACGACAAGCUGUUUAA